GCUGAAGAUGGCGAUGGACGGAGCGUCUUCCACGUCCGCGGCUCUGUCUUACAGCCAUGCGGGGGACUAUUACCCCCGAAAGUUCGGCCCCAAGCCGGACGUGGUUCCGUCCGGGGUGACGGAGCGGAAGGUGGGACCGACGGACAAGCCUGACAUGGUUUCUGUGGACGUUAUUAGCCUGCAGGACCCAGACAUCCAGCUGCACAGGAAGAAGCAGGAGCACGACACCUACGUCCUGGGAACCAUCCAUCCCUUCAGGAGGUCUCACAGGGGCGUGUUUGGGAAGCUGCUGCAGGAGUUCAGGCUGGUCUCCUCCGACAGACGGUCGUGGAGGAUCCUGCUGUUCGGAGCCUUCAACCUGCUGUGUACCGGCUGUCUGCUGAUGUGGUGCAGCUCCACCAACAGCAUGGCUCUCACCGCCUACACGUACCUCACCAUCUUUGACCUGUUCAGUUUGAUCACCUGUCUCAUCAGCUCCUGGACGACCAUGAAGAAGCCCAGUCAGCUCUACUCCUUCGGGUUCGAGAGGCUGGAGGUUCUGGCCGUCUUCGCCUCCACGGUCCUGGUCCAGCUGGGGGCCCUGUUCAUCCUGAAGGAGAGUGUGGAACGCUUCGUGGAGCAGCCGGAGGUCCAUACGGGUCGUCUGCUGGUCGGGACCUUCGUGGCGCUUUUCUUCAACCUGCUGACUUUACUGUCCGUCAGGAACAAACCGUUCGCCUACGUCUCAGAAGCGGCCAGCAGCAGUUGGCUUCAGGAACACGUGGCUGACCUGAGCAGAAGCUUGUGCGGGAUCGUCCCGGGUCUCAGCAGCGUCCUGCUGCCCCGCAUGAACCCGUUCGUCCUGGUCAACGUGGCCGGAGCUCUGGCUCUCUGCAUCACCUACAUGCUCAUCGAGAUCAACAACUUCACGGCGGUGGACACGGCGUCGGCGGUGGCCAUCGCCCUCAUGACCUUCGGCACCAUGUACCCCAUGAGCGUCUACAGCGGUAAAGUCCUGCUGCAGACCACGCCCUCCCACGUCAUCGGUCAGCUGGACAAACUCCUGCGAGAGGUGUCGACUCUGGACGGGGUUCUGGAGGUCCGGAACGAGCACUUCUGGACCGUCGGGUUCGGGUCUCUGGCCGGCUCCGCCCACGUCCGUAUCCGUAGAGACGCCAACGAGCAGCUGGUUCUGGCCCACGUGACCAACCGGCUGCUGCCGCUGGUGUCGGUUCUGUCGGUCCAGAUCUUCAAGGACGACUGGCCCCGCCCCCUGAUGGCCGUGGCCCCGCCCCCCGGGGAAGGCCACGCCCACUCCGACCCGGACCCGCUGACGUCGACCCCGUCCAAGCCCAGCAGCCCUCCGCCGGAGUUCUCCUUCGACACGCCGGGCCGGAACCUGCAGCCCGUGGUCCUGCCGGGCCCGGCCCAGCACCGGGCCUACGCCGGGCUCGGGCCGCCGUACGGCGCCGGCGCCGCGCCCUACGCCGCGAUGCUGGGUCCCGGCGCCGCCCCGAGGCCCGGUUCUGGGCUGGGAUACGGAGCCCAGGGACUGGCCGGGUUCGGACCGGGCCUGGGCGGCUACAGAACCGGCUCCAUGGCGCCGCUCGGGUUCGGAACCGGCAACCCGCCGGGCCCGCAGUCGCAGUACCGGCAGUACCGGCCCUGACGGGCCCGACAUCCCCGUCCCACAUCAGAAUCAGAACCGAUCCAGCUCAGCUCCCGGGACCAACCUGGUCCUGAUGGGACCGACCCGUCUGGACCGACCCGUUGGGGGGAAAGCGGAACUCUGGGUUCGGCCCGUCUCACGACAUGAAAACAAACGACUUUUACGGCAGAAUUAGUUCUGCAGGAGGUCCAGAACCGAGCCGGACCUCGAGUCCAGGACACAAACUCAGAACCGGGACCUGAAACUUGGUUUUAAAAACUCGUUCCCGAAGAACCACUGAAAAAAGACCUGUUAAAACCGGGCUAAGACCCGGUUCCAACGGUUCCAACGGUUCCACUGGGUCCAACCGGCCCGGUUAAGAAGCGCCUCGGCGCCGGUUUCAGGUCCAGACGUGUUCGUCUCCUUGUUUUUGUUAAAAGUCUAAAAUGUGUCAAAUAAAAAUUUUUUUCAGAACAGAACCGCAGUCUCAGUCGGGUCGGAGCGCUUUUAUUUUGAAAAUUCACCAGAUUCUCAUGUUACUUCCUGGCGUCAAGCCGGUUCUCCUGGCCUAGCAACCACACGCAACUAGACCACCCAAUUAUACGCUGAUAUGUUGCUUUAUAAAUUAAAACCACAAACUAAACGGGUAAGGGACCUGCAGGUCUGGAUCCAGGAACUAAUGCUGCGUUCCAUUUACCUCGGAAGUCGUAACUCGGAACUGGGAAUGACGUCACAGCCGAGUUAUCAGCGUUCCAGUUACAGUAGGUAAAGUAGGUAAACAAGUUUGUAGUUCGCAUAUACCACAUGAAAAAUGUAAAUUACACUAUAGCAGCAUAUAUAUGCCGAACAAUACUUGUAUACAACUGAUUUAGUGUGACCAAAACUAGAAUGAAGUGCUACGAAUUUUUACGGAGCUCUCUUCUACUGUUUACAACCGGGACAGCCAUCUUGGAAUGUGAACUCGGGGGUGGUGAAGACUCUCCCACUUUCGCAGUGGGAAAUCCCACUUCGAGGGGCGUUCCAGUUGAAAAUUCCGACUGGGAACUAGGAAAUCCCCACUUCCGAGGACAAAUGGAACGCGGCAUAAUAGUCCUAGAGCAGUGAUUCCCAACCUGUGGGCCGCGGCCCCCUGGUGGGCCGCGAAGGUAUUGCAAGUGGGCCGCCA